AUGAUGAACGAUAUAGAUAACCUGGAACAUAUUACCCAUGAUGACGGCAUAUACGAUGAGAAAAACUUCAACGCGUACGAUAGAUUUGACCAAGACAAGGAUGACGAAAUGCUCCGUCAACGCAAGGUGGGGAUGCUCAUCUCUGAAAAGUAUCUAUCCGACUUUAUAAACCAAGACAUUUUCUUCAUCGGGGAGAUUGUGGACAAGAGGGACAAGUUGAUUAGCCUUAAAUCGGUCAAUGGCAAUUGCGUCGACUGCAUCAUCAGAGACAAGCUAAUAAACGAAGACGCCAAGUACAUAGGGAUUAAAGGCACCGUGUCGGACGACUUAAAAAUAAUUGAAACGAGAGGCAUCAUCUAUUUGGACGAUGUCAAUUUUGAAGUGGUUAAUGAGUAUGUAGAUAUUUUCAUGGAAAAUGCCAAUUCGGAAGUUUUUUUAUCUUCUUAUUGA